GUCUAAUUAAUUGUUAAUAAAAAAAAAAAUGGCCGACACAGCAGUAGCAUCGGAGACACCCGCGCCGGCGACGCCCGCCAAGAAGGCACCAAAAGCGGCAGCGGCCGCGAAGAAACCCAAGGCGAGACCAACGCACCCCAAGACUUCCGACAUGGUCAACAGCGCGAUCAAAGAGCUCAAGGAGAGGAGCGGAUCGUCCCUGCAGGCGAUCAAGAAAUACAUCGCCUCGAAUUAUAGCCUAGACGCCGAGAGGUUGGCGCCGUUCAUAAGAAAGUAUCUCAAGCGCGCGGUCGCCUCCGGCACCCUGAUUCAGACGAAGGGCAAGGGCGCAUCGGGCUCGUUCAAGAUAGACAGCAAGUCGGGAACCGGCGGCGGCGCGGCGAAGAAGGCGACGGCCGCCUCCGCUUCCUCCGGCGGCAGGGGCUCCGCCGCGGCGGCGUCCUCCGCGGCCAAAUCGGUGAAGAAGCCGACCGCACAAGCCGCCAAGAAGACCGCCGCGAGUGCGGGCGCCAGGAGCAAGAAGGCCGCCGCCGCGGCCGCCGAGACCGCGUCCCCCGCCAAGGCGGGCGGAAGGGGUGGCACCGCCAAAGACAAGAAGGCAGCCGCUGCGGCCAAGAGGAAGCCGGCCGCGUCGGCCGCUCCGAAGAAAGGUCGCGGCUCCGCGGCCCCCUCCGCCGCAGCGUCCGGCAAGGGCGCGUCGACCACCGCCGCCGCUUCCAAGGCGAAGAGGAGCGCGAAACCACCGACCAAAAAACCUAAAGCACCCAAACCGAAGAAGGCAGCAGCCGCCGCGCCCAAAUCGAAGGCCGCCACCGCUAAAAAGGCAUCGGCCGCUUCCAAGAAGUGAACGCGACAAUCCACGUUCAAUACGCACGAGCCGCCGCACUGUGUUCGCGUGCGCUGAUCACCGGUAAGAAGAAGAAGGAGGAGGAGGAGGAGGAGGGUCGGCCACCGGACGGAAGAGCGACGAACGCAUCAC